AACGCAUUUACAAUUGGGCAUCACAAUCUACGAGAAUGGUCGACCGAAGAUAGACACACUCUCUCAAAAGAAAUCAUUUCCCAUCAUCCGCGACACAUCACCAACCGCCCGUCCGCCCGCCCGCUCGCUCAUUUGCGCCGCGAUGGAAAUGGAAUCCGCCGUCCACCGUCGAAUCGAGCUUCAAUCGCCCGAAGACUUUACCUAUCUAAUCGACAAUGUACGCCGCGCCGCAGCGGACAGCAUCAACGCCGCGUUUCCGCCUGUUGACGCGGGCGACAGAAACGGGGAGGACGAGGAGGAAGAAGAUGAAUUGCGCGUGAGGAUAGAGCAGUUGGUUGAUGAUUACAUAACCAAAACCUUCACCUACGUAGCCCCCAACAUCUCCAUCAACGGCCUCCCCGUAACCGACCCCUCGGAAUUUUUAUUAUCUCUGUCCUCAUCCCCACUCACCUCACCUUCUUCCACCACCACCAUCACAACAAGAACAACAACCAACGGCACCAACAACAACAACAACAACAACAACAACAACAACAACAAAAAGUCCUCCUCCGCCAAGCCAUCGUCUUCGAAAAAAAUCCAAAAGACCAAGUCCAAAAACAAAAAGAAACCAACAAAACCCCAAGAAGAAUACGAACCCUUCGACCCCCGCAAACGCUCCCGCCUCGAAACCCUCGCCCGCGAAGAAGAAGAUCUCCUGCGUUCCAUCGCCUUACUCAAACGCCGCGUACCUGCCUCCGCCGCUUCGGCGCUGGUUGACUCUUUGGCUCGGCAGACGGAAGCAGACCAAAAGGCGUUGGACAGGGCCAAACAGAAAGUGGUGGAGGAGGGGGUGGUUGCUGGACGAAAGGCUUUGGAGGGGUUAUUACCUUUUGUUGAUGCUGGUGCUGCUGCUGCUGAAGGUGGAAAUGGAAAUGGAAAUGGAAAUGGAAAUGGAAAUGGAGAUGGGAAUGGGAAUGGGAAUGGGAAUGGGAAUGGGAAUGGGAAUGGGGACGUAACAACAGGAAAGGGAGGAAACGAAAAAGGAGGGUUUGCUGUUGCUGCUGCUGCUGCUGCAACAAUGGAGAGGCAGGAAGAAAUAGAGGAUGGGUUUGCAAAAGCGGUUGAGGCGCUGAGAAGGUUGAAGAGUCAGAUGCCGGCUACGGUGGCGAGGAUGGAGAGGGCGAGGGUUGCGGGCGGGUAUGUUGUUGCUGGUGUUGGGGGGAGUGGUGUCGUUGCGGCGCCUGGGGAGGGGAGGUAGACAUGUUGUUGGUUGGGUUGGCGAUACUCGUUGGUGCUGCGGGAAGAAAGUGUUGGAUCUGUUCGAGCCGGCAUGGUGAAAUUGUUGCUUGUGGGAGCAUUGUUUACUUUUUGUAGAGAGGCUUUAAG